AUGUCGAUCAUUCAGGGAACAGACGACCCCGCUCAAUCUCCUUUCAAUGGGGCAAUCAAUCAGACUGAGAUUGCCCAAAUGAAGCACCGUUACGAAGAGGAAAGGAAAAAGCGUCUUUGCGACGCCGGAAACGCCCAGUUUAUUGAAAUUGCAAAGUCACCACAAUAUCGGCAUUUUGCCAAUGACCCAUGGGUUGACCUAGCAACAAUCGAACCCCUCCAAAUCAAGUUCCCCGAAAAACGAAGUGAAAUACUUAUAAUUGGCGCUGGAUGGGGCGGGAUACAGAACGCGGUACGUAUGAUUCAGUCUGGCAUACCGGCCGAGGAAAUUCGGAUUAUCGACCCAGCUGGUGGCUUUGGGGGCACUUGGUACUGGAAUCGAUACCCCGGGCUUAUGUGCGAUAUUGAGAGCUACUCUUACCUACCAUUUCUGGAGGAGACGGGAUACGUUCCUAAACAUCGAUACUCACAGGGAGAGGAGAUCCGGGAAUAUGUCAAUCUUGUCGCCGAGAAAUGGGGCCUGACGAAAUGUGCUGUCUUCAAAACACAAGCAGAGAAGAUUGUCUGGGAUAAUGAUUCCAAGGAAUGGAUCGUUGACCUACUUCAGUGUCGGGAGGAAGAAUCUCCAGAGACUAUUCAAAUCCGCUCCAAGUUUGUUACCAUUGCCGCUGGAAUACUCAACCUCCCCAAGCUGCCGAGCAUCCCGGGUAUUCUGGAAUACAAAGGUGACAUCUUCCAUUCGGCUCGUUGGGCAUACAAUAUUACAGGUGGAUCUCCUAAAGAUUCAUCUCUUGUCAAAUUGAAGGACAAGCGAGUCGCGAUCAUCGGCACGGGAGCAACGGCCGUGCAAGUAGUUCCGCACCUCGCAAAAUGGUGCAAGCAUCUCUAUGUCAUCCAGCGCACGCCGGCUUCGGUGAACUUCCGAGAUCAGCGUGCGACCGAUGAAGAGUGGUUUCAUAAAGAGGUUGCAGUAACGAAAGGAUGGCAACGAGAGCGAAUGCAGAACUUCCACCAACAUUUCACUCUCGGCGAGUUGCCAGCACUCAACCUGGUCAACGAUGAGUGGACACGAGCCCCUGGCCUAGUUGCUUGGGCCGGGAACCCAGAAGGGCCGAAGUUACCCGAAGACAUUCCAGCCUAUAAAGCAAGGUUGGUCGAAGUCGAUGCACCGUACCAAAAGCGCAUUCAUGCACGUAUCGAUGAAGAGGUGAAUGAUCCUGCCAUCGCCGAGAAACUCAAGCCUUGGCAUCCAAUUUGGUGUAAACGCCCUCUUUUCCAUGACGAUUUUCUGAAAUCCUUCAAUCAGGAUAAUGUGACAUUGGUAGAUACAAACGGCAAGUCAGUUGACAGGAUGACAACGAACUCUGUCGUAGUCGGUGAUAAGGCCUACGAAGUCGAUUUGGUCAUCUUUGCGACAGGUUUCUUGGCCCCUCCCGCUGGAUCACCAGCGGAGAAAGCGAGUAUGUCAAUUAUUGGUUUGAAUGGAGUCUCCAUGAGCAAGGAAUGGUCUCGCCUGGGCCCUACUACCCUCCACGGUGUGAUUGAUGCCAAAUUCCCAAAUCUAUUCAUUUAUGGACUCCAGCAGGCAUCCGCCAGUGGAAACUAUCGCUUCUCACUUGAUGAGUACGCAAAGCACAUUGCGUAUAUAUUGGCGGAAUCAAAGCGCAUGGCUAAAGGUGCACCCGUCGUUAUUGCGCCAUCGGCAGAAGCUGCAGAAAAUUGGGCCUUGCAGGUCAUGAUGCACUCUGCGCCAUUGGGGGCCGUAAUGGGAUGUACCCCAGGGUACAUAAAUCUAGAAGGUGAUCUUGAUCGUGUGCCACCCGAGCAACAAAUGGUUUUAGCACGGUCAGGAACUUGGGGCUGGGGAAUCGAGCAUUGGAUUGGUUUGAUUGAAAAAUGGCGAGCAGACGGCGACAUGAAGGGUAUCGUGGUGUCAUGA